CUAUUGUUACGUAUGACAUUAAUAUUAACUGUUACAAAAACACAAAACUUGACUAAAGCCAUUAAAACUACUCAGCGUCCGCAAUCUAGAAGAAGAAGCAGUAGCAUAAUUAUUACAAUGAUGGAGGUCUAUCAGUUGCUGCUGCUAUCAACUCUGCUCUUCUGUGCAGUCUCUGCCAGAGAUCUAAAGUUGAUAUUGGAAGACGACUUUAACACGUUCAAUGUGUCGCUAUGGAGACACCAGAUCACGGCAGGGGGUGGUGGGAACUGGGAGUUUGAGUUGUACGAUAACAACCGCACUACGAGCUUUGUGAGGGACGGGGCACUCAACAUCAAGCCUGCCCUCAUGGUCGAUGAUAUCGGGGAGGCUAAUCUGAAGGGUGGUUAUAACCUCGAUAUAUGGGGCGGCACUCCCGCUGACCUUUGCACUGCACCGUCCUUCUAUGGCUGCUUCAGGACGGCCGGUGCCGGGGGCAACUGGAUUAACCCUGUCAAAUCUGCCUCUGUUCGUACGGCUGAGAGCUUUUCAUUUAAAUACGGAAAGGUUGAGGUACGAGCUAAGCUCCCCCGCGGUGAUUGGCUGUGGCCUGCUAUUUGGAUGCUACCAAAAUGGAAUGCGUACGGAAAAUGGCCUUCCAGCGGAGAAAUCGACAUCAUGGAGUCCAGGGGAAAUUCCCCCAAAUACCCCCCAGGAGGUUACGAUACUUUUGGUUCGACCCUUCACUUUGGACCUGGUUGGACUGAUGAUCCUUACCAACUCACACAUGCUACCUACAAGGCUCCAAUGGACCCCACAGCAGACUAUCAUGUGUAUGGUAUGGUCUGGAAUGAGACGUAUAUUGGCACCUAUUUCGACAAGGAGGAGAACGUGGUUCUGUCAGUCCCAAUUACUGAGCCCUUCUUCACUAAGGGUGGUUGGGGACCUCACUGGAACAACCCGUGGCAGGAUGGACCUAAAAAUGCUCCAUUUGACCAGGAGUUUUACCUGAUCAUCAACCUAGCCGUGGGCGGUACUAAUGGAUACUUCCCAGAGGGUAACGGCAAGCCUUGGUCUAACACUGACCCUCAUGCUGUGAAUUCAUUCUGGAGUGCCAAGGAUCAAUGGUACCCAACCUGGACACAGCCUAUGAUGGUGGACUCUGUCAAAGUUUGGAGCUACACAGACUGAAAAGAAAUUGAACUUUGUUUGUUAAUAAAUAGUCAGGAGUACUCUGAUAUAUCAGUAAAUGUAUAAGUAUUAUUUAGAACACACCUAGCCAAGAUUAA